GGUGAUUCUCACUUUGUGGAACUUGCAGCUGGUUUACGUUGAUGAUUUACAUCUCCUCACGGCUGGACCCGACAAAUUCUUGAUUCUUUGGAUGGUGCUUGCUGCAUACGAGGUUGUGGGAACCCCUUUCGCUUAUCAUAAGUUCAAGGGCGGCGUUGCAGUCGAUUACAUUGGCUAUCACGUGUCAUACGCCACUGGGAGUGCAGGCGUCUCCGAUUCCCGCGCCCGCUGGGUCAUCUCUUGGAUCAGCAACGCUGAAGAGUCAGACUGGAUUGUUGUUGGACGUGCCAUGAUUGAGCUAACUGGCCACCGCCUCGUUCCAGCACCGGUGAGGCCCUUGAAGCAGCUCUUCAGGACGGUUCCCUGGCUCUUUAAGGAAGAUGGAUCGUCGCAGUGGGCAUCCUCCAGCGCAGAAUUGCUUGCGACCUACAUGGCUUGCUUAGCAUUCGCGCCUGACAUUUGUGUGUCCGAGUGCACUAUCACGGCCGGCACUGACAAUCGCUCUAACCCCCAGGCGCUCGAGAAGGGUUCAUCCAUGAAGUGGCCAUUGAUGGGCCUAAUGAUGCAGUUCGCAUCGUACUUGGCCUCCUGUGGUGGUCGCAUCAAACUUCAGUGGCGCCCAAGGGAAGAAAACAUUGAGGCUGACGACCUCACAAACUCACGGUUCGAUCGUUUUGACUUGAGCCUCAGGGUGGAUGUAUCAUUCGGGGACCUUCCCAUGUCAAUCUUCGACUCGCUUCAGGAUGCGCAGGCGGAGUUCGCUGAGCUUAAGGCUGCCCAGAAACUUCACACACAAAAGACCGCUCCGACUUCCAAGAAGCAGAAGCUCUCGGAAAAGACUGCGUGGUAG